AAAAAUUGUAUCACGUGAACAUCGAUCAGCCGACAUCAGCAACGAGUAAAGCAUGGCGGACCAGUCAUCUAGCAGCAUCGGCCUUCCCAGCAGUCCACAGAGGACUGACGGGCUAACAUCCAGCCCUGCACGUGACCUACCCCCUUUUGAGGAUGACACAGAGGCGAUCCUAGGCAAUGAGGGGAGUGGUGUGGAGGAGGAGGAAGAUGGGGAAGAACUCUUUGGGGAUCAGAUGGAACGAGAUUAUCGAGCUAUCCCAGCACUUGACACAUAUGAUGCGAACAACCUGGAUGAUGAUGACUAUGAUGACCUGGCCCCAGAACAGAGGGCGGAGGCUGAGCGCCUGAUGAGGAAGAGAGAUCGUGAAGAAGCUGCUUCCCAGGGUCGUUUAAGAAGGGGAAUUUUGUAUGAUGAUGAUGACGAUGAAGAAGAAAGCCGUCCCAGGCAUCGGCGUAGAAUAGCAGAGCGUGCUGCAGAAGGAGAAUACCUUGAUGAAGAUGAGAUGAUUGAGAGUAUUGAGAACUUGGAAGACAUGAAGGGGCACUCCGUGCGUGAGUGGGUAUCAAUGCAGGCUCCACGUUUAGAGAUCAAAAACAGAUUUAAACAGUUCUUGAGGACUUUUGUUGAUGAUCAAGGGCACAGUGUAUACAGAGAGAAAAUCAGGCAGAUGUGUGAAGCCAAUAAGCAGAGUUUGGUUAUCGACUAUAACAUCUUAGCGAAUGAGCAGCAAGUACUAGCCUACUUCUUGCCAGAGGCUCCUACAGAGAUGCUUCAAAUAUUUGAUGAGGCGGCCAAAGAGGUUGUUCUUGCAAUGUUCCCAAACUAUGACAGGAUUACAACAGAGAUUCAUGUAAGAAUAGCUGAGUUGCCACUGAUGGAGGAACUACGCUCUUUAAGGCAACUACAUGUCAACCAGCUGAUUCGCACAGGCGGAGUAGUGACCAGUAGCACUGGCAUUAUGCCUCAGCUGAGCGUGAUCAAGUACGAUUGCCCGAAAUGCUCCUUCAUUCUGGGACCAUUCUUCCAGGGCUCAGACCAGGAAGUAAAGCCAGGUUCUUGUCCUGAGUGCCAAUCACGAGGACCAUUUGAGAUCAACAUGGAGCAAACUCUUUAUCAGAAUUACCAGAAGAUAAAGAUACAGGAGAGCCCAAGUAAGGUGGCCGCUGGUCGCUUGCCCAGAUACAAAGAUGUUAUUCUCAUGGCUGAUCUAGUAGACAGCUGUAAACCUGGUGAUGAGAUUGAACUGACUGGGAUCUACAAAAUCAACUACGACAGCUCUCUAAACAGGUCCAAUGGCUUCCCAGUAUUUGCAACAAUCAUUGAAGCAAAUUUCAUCACAAAACAAGAUGACAAGAUGGCUGUUACAAGCCUCACGGAUGAAGAUAUCAAAGCCAUUAAUGCAUUGUCCAAAGACGAACGAAUUGGAGAGAGGAUCAUUGCCAGCAUCGGUCCUUCUAUCUAUGGUCAUGAGGAUAUUAAGCGAGCUCUUGCACUUUCUUUGUUUGGGGGAGUGGCAAAGGACCCAGGAGGCAAGCACAAAAUCCGUGGUGACAUAAAUGUGCUUCUCUGCGGUGACCCAGGAACGGCCAAGUCACAGUUCUUGAAGUAUGUGGAGAAGACGGCUCCUAGAGCAGUCUUCACGACAGGUCAAGGUGCCUCUGCUGUUGGCUUGACCGCAUAUGUGCAGAGACACCCUGUGACUAAAGAGUGGACACUAGAAGCUGGUGCCCUGGUGUUAGCUGAUAAAGGGAUGUGCUUGAUUGAUGAGUUUGACAAGAUGAAUGAUGCAGAUCGAACUAGUAUCCAUGAAGCAAUGGAACAGCAGAGUAUCUCAAUAUCAAAAGCAGGAAUUGUAACUUCUUUACAGGCUAGGUGCAGUAUUUUAGCCGCUGCCAAUCCUAUUGGAGGUCGAUACGACCCUUCACUUACUUUUGCUGAAAAUGUUGAUUUGACAGAGCCCAUCCUUUCUCGUUUUGAUAUCCUUUGUGUUGUGAGAGAUACUGUUGAUGCAAUUCAGGAUGAGCUGCUGGCAAGGUUUGUGGUAAACAGUCAUGUAAGGCAUCACCCUAAUACUCCAGAGAAUGAAGACGAAGACAUGGAGACUGAAGAAGUGAAUGAAGAUGCCAUUCCCCAAGAUCUCCUGAAAAAGUACAUGAUCUAUGCUAAAGAGCGUGUUCACCCUCGACUUAACAAUAUGGACCAGGACAAGGUGGCCAAGAUGUUUGCUGAUCUCAGGAAGGAAUCUAUGGCGACAGGUUCCAUUCCUAUCACCGUGCGUCACAUAGAGUCAAUGAUCCGAAUGGCAGAAUCCCACGCCAAGAUGCACUUGCGAGAGUACGUCAUGGAGGAUGACGUCAACAUGGCUAUCAGAGUCAUGCUGGAGAGCUUCAUCGACACCCAGAAGUUCUCAGUCAUGAGGAAUAUGAAGAAGGCGUUUUCCCAUUACCUGGCGUACAGGCGCGACAACAACGAGCUGUUACUGUUUGUCCUUAAGCAGCUAAUCAAGGAGCAGAUUACAUUUUACCGUAGUCGUUACCACAGCGAACCAGACGUGAUUGAGAUACAGGAAGAAGAGUUCACUGAUAGGGCGAGACAAAUCAACAUUAUCAACCUGGCCUCAUUUUACGACAGCCCAGUUUUCCAGGCUAACAGAUUUGUGCACGACAAGAAGAGAAAACUCAUUAUCCAGACUCUCUGAGAUGGCGCGACUCGUGUUGUUGCCUUUGCAGUUCCUGGACAAGGAUCCAUUUGUGCAUAGUGUGCAGCCCCAGGUUGAACGAUUUGAAUCCUAUGGGAAUAAGUUUAUAAAGAGAGCCACAAUGAUAUUGAGGGCGGGUUUAACCUGGUGUCAGUGUUUCGUCCUAGCCUUGGACAACAUUGUCUUAUUUAUCUCAGCAAAGGGCCGUGGUAGAAAUUGGAUGUGACGCCAAAACAACAUUGCUAUGGUAGCUAGAGCAUAACUCGGCUGGAAUACUAACUAUAAAAAAAAAGCGCCUUUGCUAAAAAUAGGAACAGAACACGCUUACAACUUGUAAAUAUGCAUAAUCUUUUGGCCCCAGGUAAAAAUGGCCAGUUUAGAUGCUAUUUGAAAACAGUGUUGACUGAAAUAAAUAUAACGUAUUUUCAAGCGA